GCAUGUGCAUACUGCCUCAUUUAUAGCUGCAUAAUCUGAGAGGGAGGGUUAAACAAAGACAAAGAGCAAGCAAAAAAAAAAAGACAAAAUCCACUUGGAGCAAAGACAGACUCUCUCAGCUAAAGAACCAUGGGGACAGGUCAGUCAUCUGGGCUUGAAGCAGCUUCCACACACAUACAAAGAGCUGCCAUUGUCAUCUACUGUGUGAUAUUUAUAGUUGGAACUCUGGGCAAUGCUCUGGUCAUCUACGUGACAGGAUUCAAAAUGAAGAAAACAGUCAACUCAGUUUGGUUUCUCAACUUGGCCAUAGCUGACUUCCUCUUCACGGCCUUCCUGAUUUUCUCCAUCAUUUCUCUCUCUCAGAGUCACCGAUGGCCUUUUGGACCAUUCUUGUGCAAGCUCAACACCUUUGUGAGUGUAGUCAACAUGUUUGCCAGCAUCUUUACUCUGACAGCUAUAAGUUUGGAUCGUUGUUUGUCCAUCUGGGUGGUGGUGUGGGCACAGAACAAACGCACAGUCUGCAAAGCUCGGCUCAUAUGUGUUGGUAUCUGGGUGACUGCUGCGAUCUGCAGCACUCCUUAUGCCACUUUUCGCACUGUGUUGGAACAUAAUGGGACACAUUACUGUGGUUAUUCUAUGACACCUGAGCAAAAAUGGAGUCUCCACAUUUUUCGCUUUGUUGUGGGCUUUGUGAUCCCUUUCCUGGUAAUAGUGAUGUCUUAUGUGGCCAUAGGGAUCCGUGCAAUCCGCAUGCAGAGAACAAGCAAUCACAGAUCUCGCAGAAUCAUUUUCGCCAUCAUUUUUGCAUUCUUCAUCUGCUGGUUGCCCCUCCAUGUUUUCAACUUUAUAGAAUUAAAGGCUAUGAAUAACCCAGACCUCUGGACCAUUGUUAGAAUCAUGGGUCCUUUGACUGUGAGUCUGGCUUUUCUGAACAGCUGCCUGAACCCCAUCCUCUAUGUUUUCAUGUGUGAAGAAUUUCUCAAGAAGCUUCGGCAGUCCAUAUGUUUUACACUUGCAAGUGCCCUGGCAGAGGACCAUGUGUCCAGUCACUCUAUGUCGUCAACCAUUUCAAAAAUGUCUCAAAAGUCAGAUCCAGCUCCAGCUUUAAAAAGAAUUGACCAGCCGUUUAUGAACAAAUCAUAGUAAGCAACAUGAUCAUCACUGAGGAGAUUCCAGUCUCCAAGUAAGAUCAACACCCAGCAACAAAAAACAAUGUAACAAAAGGCAAUGUAAAAAGGAAUUAAUGGAUUUUUAAUGCAAAACUUUCACAUCAGAUUAUAACAUAAAGUACAUUCAUGCACAGAAACACAAAGCACAUGUUUUUGUCUUGUCAUACUAUUAGACGAGCAAGAAAGAGUCAGAGUAACUGAAAACCUAUGUUAUUGUGCUGCAGCUUUGAGUUAUAGCUAUUGAGUUCUUGAUUAAAACAAAGUAUUACAUGAAGCAUUUUUUGUUUUUUCAUUCUUUGGGGAGGAGGGGUUGUUUUUGUUUCUUUUUUUUUACUUUAUAUUGUUGCUAGAAAUUGGAUUGCCAUCAUUAAAUUUCCUUUGAGAACAGUUAUAUAUGUUUCUAAGUAAGCUUUUAAUACUCCUGCUUAUCAACCAUUUUUUUAAAUGAUCAGAAUUCAUAAUAAUGUCAGAAGACACUGAACUUUAAUUGUGCUUUAUGAUUUUGUUACGCUUGUAUAUAAAAUAAAAGAAUAAAAACA